AUGGUUAGAACAAGAGGUUUAGAUCGUGCCUUAGGAUCUGGUAGAGGCAGAGACAUGAGUCAGGAUGCGCAUCAACCUGAAGUUCCUCGACGUCGUAGGCCAACUACUUCAGUAUGUAGGCAACAAGUUCAUUUUCCUCAUAUGACUGAGGACGUUACUCAGACACCUGAGGAUGUGCCUCAGUUAAAUGAGGAUGUUCCUCAUGUGUUUGACGCUACUCCGGAGAUGACAGGUAUCGUCGAUGCUGCGGACGCAGAGGGAGUGGCUACUAAUGGUAGUGAGGGGUCACCUGCUGCUGAUGAGGGAUUCCCUGGUGGGCCACACGACCCAUUGGAACGACUAGAGCUGAAGUUGGUCUCCUAUGGUAGAAAAGUAGAUAAAUUUGGGAGACCAGCGCCUGAGAUAGAAGGCAUGAUUGCAGCCACCAGAUUGAGUCCACUAAUAAGGUGUUCGGUAAUUACCACUGAUCUUGGACUUAUAUCCGCCUUCGUCGAGAGGUGGCAUAAGGAGACCAGCACCUUCCACCUGCCAGAAGGAGAGUUGACGAUCACUCUAGAUGACGUGUCGUCACUCCUACACCUUCCCAUCAUUGGUGCGCUGCAUAGCUUCGAGCCGCUGGUUACUUCCGACGCGGUCAUGCUGUUGACGAAGCUGCUUGAGGUCAGCUCUGAGGAGGCUAAAGCUGAGACCCGUCAGGCAUCUGAGCCUCAUGUUCGGUUGUCCUGGCUUCGGGAGGUGUACCAGAGUAGGUGUCGGGCCAAACGAUGGGUUGUAGCAGCCUGCGCGUAUCUCCUCCACUUGGUCGGUUGCACUCUUUUCGCUAACAAGAGUGCAACACAUGUUCAUGUCAUGCACCUGGAGGCUUUCAGGGAUCUGGCCUAG